AUGGCUUUUGCUGGAAACGCAAUACGUAAGUAUAUACCGCCUAUGUUUAUAUUUCCACGUAAGAGAUUCCAAGAGCAUUUCAUUCGUGAUGGUCCGACUGGUUCUGUUGGAACCGCUAACGGAUCGGGAUGGAUGCAGGAGAAUGACUUCCAGUUUUUCCUUGAGCAUUUCAAAAAUCACGUUAGACCAUCAAAAGAGAAUAAAGCUCUGUUGCUCCUAGAUAACCAUGCUUCGCACACAGCUUUGAAGAAUAUUGAGUUCUGCAGAGAUAAUGGGAUUAUUUUACUGACAUUUCCCCCACACUGCACACAUAAGCUGCAACCUUUAGAUCGUGCUAUAUUUGGGCCUUUAAAAAAAGCAAUUAAUACAGCUUGUGAUGAUUGGAUGCGCUCUAAUGCGGGGAAAGUCAUGAGUAUAUAUGAUAUUCCAUCCAUAACAAGAUCAGCAUUUAACGUGGCGAUCACUGCAAAGAAUAUCAGUGCUGGUUUUGCUGCAACUGAAACAUGGCCUGUUAAUACUGAUAUCUUUGGAGAAGCCGAUUUCCUGCCCAGUCAAGUCACUGACCGUAUUUUGCCAAAUCCGGAACCAGAGCAAUCAUCAAGCGUUCAAGAAACCACGGCUAAUGUAGAAAAUAGACCCUACACUCCAAAUCCUACUAUUGACACCGUUGAAUUCAAUGAAGCAAGAGCUCUUACUCAAGUUACAUCCACUGAUCAAGCCACAACAUCUAUCAAUCAAUCUUUGCCAAUUAAUAACGCCAAUGAACCCGUCGCCUCCACGUCUAGAGCUCGUACUCCUCUAGCUACUACUUCUAAUGUGUUCUCGCCAGAAUCAGUGAGGCCGUUGCCGAAAGCUCCGCCUAGAAAAAAUAACCAACCUAAUAGGCGCAAGAUAAAAUCGGCUGUGCUUACUGACACACCAAUAAAAAAUGAAAUAGCUGCCAUAGAAGCCAGCAGGAAGAUUAAAAGCGUGAAAAAACGCGUUUUAAACGAAGGAAAGGAUGUACCUAAAAAAACCAAAAAGACUAAUAAGAAGAAUGCAAAUGAUGCUGAAGAAGAUGAAGAAAAUGAUUAUUUUUGCUUGUGCUGCCUCGUACCUUAUGCCAAUAGCAGAUCGAAUGAGAAGUGGGUUCAAUGCUUGGAGUGUACCUAA